AUGGCACAUUACUCAAAAAAUUUCCUCUUCUUUCUCUUCUCCACCCUCUCCAUUGUUCCCUUCUCCCACCAAAUCCAACACCCUCUAGACUCUUUAACACCAAACGAGUUCAUCCAGGUUCAAGCCAUUGUUAAACAAUCAUACCCCACCUCCAACCACAACUUGACCUUCCAAUACAUAGGCUUAGAAGAACCAAAUAAACAGGUUGUCAUUUCCUGGCUGGAGAGCUAUUCCACGACACCCCCACCUCGCCAAGCCCUGGUUAUAGCACGUAUAAACCAUAAGACUUGUGAAAUCAUCGUUGAUUUAUCGCGUAACAGAAUCAUUUCUGAUCAAAUUUACAAUGGUUAUGGAUACCCUUUACUCACUUUUGAAGAACAAAAUGCCGCAGAGUUGUUGUUGUUUAAGCAUGCACCGUUCUUGGCUUCCAUAAGUAAGAGAGGGCUCAAGAUUGAGGAGGUUCUGUGCGGAAGCUUUGCCGUAGGAUGGUUUGGAGAGAAGAAAAAAAAUGGAAGGAUAGUUAAGGUUUUGUGUUAUUAUCUGGAUGGGACAGUUAAUUUGUACAUGAGGCCUAUAGAGGCAAUCACUGUGACAGUUGAUCUUGAAGAAAUGAAGAUCAUACAUUUUCAGGAUAGAUUCAUGAUCCCUGUGCCAAAGGCUACUGGGACAGAUUACAGAGAGUCCAAGCAGAGGGCACCUUUCGGGCCACAGUUGAAAGGAAUCACGGUUGUGCAACCAGACGGGCCUAGUUUCUCCAUUGAUGGAAACAGAGUUAGGUGGGCUAAUUGGGAUUUUCAUAUGAGUUUCGAUGCUCGGGCUGGUCCAAUAAUAUCUUUAGCAUCGAUAUAUGACACUGAGAAGCAAAAUUUUCGUAGGGUGAUGUAUAGGGGAUUUGUAUCAGAGCUCUUUGUUCCAUACAUGGAUUUAACUGAAGAAUGGUACUAUAGAACAUUUUUUGAUGCCGGGGAAUAUGGAUAUGGUCUAUGUGCAGUGCCACUUGAACCACUUAGAGACUGCCCAGCCAAUGCAGUAUUCAUGGGUGCAUUUGUUGCUGGGCAGGAUGGGAUGCCUAUUGAGAUGCCUAAUGUUUUCUGCAUCUUCGAACGGAACGCUGGCGAUGUAAUGUGGCGACACACUGAGACUAUGAUUCCAGAAGUACUGGUUACAGAGGUUAGGCCAGAAGUGAGCCUUGUAGUUAGGAUGGUAUCAACUGUGGGCAAUUAUGACUACAUAAAUGACUGGGAAUUCAAGCAGACUGGAUCCAUUAAAGUCACAGUUGGACUAUCUGGAUUACUAGAAGUAAGGGGAUCAAAAUACAGCCACAAAGACCAAAUACAUGAGGAAGUCUAUGGCACAUUAUUGGCAGAAAACACAUUAGGUGUUCACCAUGAUCAUUUCCUCACCUACUACCUUGAUCUUGAUGUCGAUGGUGAAUCCAACUCCUUUGUGAAGUCCAAAUUGCAAACAACCAGAGUUACUGACCAAAGCUCACCUAGAAAAAGUUACUGGACGGUUGUUAGUGAAACAGCUAAAACUGAGUCAGAUGCAAAAAUUAAACUUGGCUCGGAGUCAGCUGAUCUUCUAGUUGUGAAUCCUAACAAGAAAACUAAAGUGGGUAACCUCGUUGGCUACCGAUUGAUCCCAGGAUCAGUUACCGGUCCCCUUUUAACAGACGAUGAUUAUCCACAGAUUCGGGGAGCUUUCACCAAGUACAACGUGUGGAUUACACCAUAUAACAAGUCUGAAAAAUGGGCAGGGGGAUUAUAUCUUGACCAAAGCAGAGGAGAUGACACUUUAGCAACAUGGAGCAGCAGGAAUAGAAGAAUAGAGAACAGGGACAUUGUGUUAUGGUACACAUUUGGUUUUCAUCAUGUACCUUACCAAGAAGAUUUUCCUUUGAUGCCAACAAUAAGCAACGGAUUUGAGCUCCGGCCAGCCAACUUUUUUGAGAACAAUCCCGUGCUUAAAGUAAAAGUUACUAGCUUUGGCAGGUGGCCUAAUUGCUCCAUAUAACGCUUGGCAUGAAAAAUGUGAAUUUGGUGCAUUCAGCAUGAAGAACACUAACUGACUUUCUUUGCUCCAUUUUCACUCUUUACUUUUGAAGAGAUAAUCUUGAUUUUCUUGGAUUAUAGCAAAGAAAAGAAAAUUGUGGAGUUCACCAUUUUGAAACCAACUCAACAGUGGUUCAUAAUUCAAUGCAAUGUUAUUUAGUGAAGAUCAUUGAAACCAAAUUACCAACAGAAAAGUGGUUCAUGAUUCAACUCAACUCUUUUUGCUCAACCAAAUAAAUCACCUUGGACACAAAGAAACGGGACUUUUCGGACUCAUUAUUACUCCAAAAUACAUAAAAAUCGCUUGGUUUCUAUCUUUUAGAGGGCUGAUUUAGUGAUAUCAUUGAUGGAUUCAAGCCCUGGUAUUAGAUUAAUAAAUCAAAAGAGCUAGAUAUGAUCAAAAUGGUGUAUCAUUUCCAUAAUGUGACUCUCUUUUUGGGAUCAAUUAUCAACAUAGUAAUGCUGGUUAUAAAUGCAGGAGCAAGGGGAUAGUAUGUCUAUGCAUUAUGUACAUCUUUUCAUCAUCAAAGAUUUUUGUAAACUCAAUGCAGCAGAAUUUAGCUUAGGCUAGAAAAUUUGUUUGAGAUCAUAAUCCAGUGCUCCAAGUGAAACCAGCUAAAGAUGUCUUGUGGCUUAACUGUUCCCCAUUACCUGCAGCUUGAAACUCUGAUGUAGUUUGAUUUCUGCUUGAAAAACACUAAAUAUCAGCAAUAAUUACAUACUUUCCUUGCUAAGAUUUUACUCAUUGGA